AAAUAAAUUGGAAUUCAAUUUUUUUCAAAUUUAAUUACUCUGUUCACUGUUGUUUAGUUUAUGUAUGCGUGUAAUAAUAGUUAGUAGUGAGUUUUUGUAAUCUAUUUAUUUUUAUUAAUUUUUAAACAGAAAAAAAUGGAAAAACGUCCUUCCAUCAGUAUUGAGCAACAAGUUCGAUUACAAAUGACUGUCCCUAGAACGUUUCCUAACCAGUGUCAUGUUAUGAAUAAAGGAGCGGCUGAUUGGUCUGAAAAUGGGCUUUUAGCCUACGGAGCAAAUAACCUAAUUGUAAUUAUUGAUACCAUCAAAGUCAUUCCUGUUCAAUGUUUUACUGAUCAUAAGGCAGUAAUAAGAAAGCUUUUAUGGGUUCCUUUUGACUGCGAUUUGGGUGCAUCUUCAGAACUAGUAUCUGCCGAUUUUGCUGGUGAUAUCGCUUUAUGGGAUGUAUGUCGAGGUCGAUGUAUCAUGUGGAUAGACUCUGAUCAAGCCAAACCUGUCAAUGGACUGGAAUGGAUACCUUCACCGUCUAAUAGUGAUUUAUUAUUAUUAGCUGUCCUUUAUUCACCGUUCACAUUUUCCAUAUUAGAUGUAAGAAAAGGCACUCGGCUGUGGAAGAAAACUUUCACUGACACUAUUAAUAAUUUUGCUUUUGAUCCAUUUCAUCUACACAAGAUUGCUUUUUUGUGUCCAGAAUUUAUAUUAUUGUUUGAUAAUUUCGAUCGGAGAACAGUACUUGGAGGCAAUGGGCGAAAAUUGUAUAUCUCAAAUACAGCAGUCGGUGAGAGCACUACUGUUGCUGAAGAGUUUACGAGGCCUAGAACAAGAUUUAAAAGACUUAUGAAAGGUCUAGUACUCGGCGAGACCCAACCCAAACUCGAUGCCACAUUGACGGCUUCUGAAUGUAUUCAAUUCACCUACCAUCACUCGUUACGAAACCAUAUACUCCUUAUGUACCAGCAUGACAUAAUAAUUAUUGACUUAGAAAUUAGUAUGACUGUUGGGGUUAUAAGCAUUGAUCGUUCUCUUUCGUACUUCACACAGAUGUAUUCUUGUAGACAACGUGAUGCCGUAUUUUGUCUUCAAGAGUCUGGAAGUUUAUCGGUCAAGUUGAGGAGAAAACCUAUAGUGAAUUACCUUAUGUCCCCAAUGGAUUCUUCUCCAGUGGCAGUGUCCGGGAAUGAGUCUUCUUCUGAUAUAUAUUUGUGGUAUGAACAUAGAAUUCAAAGUGAAAUUAUUCGGCAAGUGAAAAAUUCCAAAGUGCUUGGAUUUGUUGUAUGUCCUGUCACUGAAAAGCAUAUCGCCGUGAUGUUAAGUACUGGCAAAGUGAUUAUUUUUGAGUUAGAAAAAAUAAUGUCUUCGUCAAAUGACGUAUCGUACUAUUUGGGUCGACGCGAUAACCACAAAAUGUCAUUAAGUAAUACUUUUCCGUCGUUCAACGAUAAUCAAGGAAUAAUACCAAAAGUGCGUUUGUAUCCUCGUGGUAUACUACCUUGUCUGGAAUCGGGGCUAACUAUUAUUAAGUAUUGUCCACCAUUGACUACCAGUACGCGGGCAAGUUACAAACCUCUAUUAGCUGUUGGUACAAAUUCUGGAAAUUUAGUUAUUAUAAACUUGGCUACUGGUUUGACGUUUAAGGAGUAUCAUGUGCAUUCACAUCCAGUCAGAGGGAUAGAAUGGAUUAGUCAACGAUUUAUAAUUUCAUGGUCGUUUUACUCUUAUACAUCUAACACUAAAAGUCAAGUGGUUAUCACCAAUAUACAAUGUGGACAAUCUACUUGUGUACGGACAACAAAAGUAGACGAGCCACACAUUUUGUUUAUAAAAGUAUCGCCGUUGAAGCAGUAUUUCGUAAUAGGAAUCAAAGACGGACCUUUGGAAAUUUGGGAUUUAAAAUCAAUGUCAAUGUUAAGCAAAAUGUCAAAAAGAUUUCCUGCAGCAGUUUGUAUGGAAUGGGUUCAGUGUAAUAUGCCGAAAGGGAAGCGAAGUAGUUUGACAACUUCAACCACUGAAGAAAACGAUGUCGGGUCAAAAUUCCCAGAACAUUUGCUGAUAUCGGAUGUGGCCGGUAAUCUCUAUGCAUUUUUGAUUGAUUCCAAUAGUUAUCUUAAACCAGGAACAAUAAUAGAACCUGGAAUUUUUUUGAAACCUACAAUUUGUCUGACGUGCAAAUUAAAUAUUGCGUUAGAAACAGACAGUGACGGUAACCUUUUUGUAUGGGAUCUUAGCAAUCACACAGAUAAACUAAAGCAACAUAUUAACCGCCUAGAAAUUUGCAAGUUAAAAUUUUCCCCUGGAGCAGGAAACUUCAGGUUUUUAUGCUUAUCAUCAGAUGGUAUUGAUGUUCUCAAUGUAUUCGGGACUCCACAGUCCAUUGAGACCAUUUCGACACUGAAAUCAGACAAAAAAUUGCAAAUAGUCGAUGCUGAUUGGGCAAGUGCCGAACACCCGGUUAUAUUAUUUAGCGAUCAGUCUAUUAGAGUAUUUGAUCUUAAACUUACCAAGUCCUACUCUUCAAUAUACAAUUACGAGUUUGACGAUAAACAAGGACCUCCUAUGAUCUUAGACCGCAAUCUGUGCAAAAUAUUUUUUUUCUGGCUUUCGGUUAACUUGACAAAAGAUUUUAAUACAGCACACGGUUUUAACAAUUAUGAGUUGUCAUUGAUAAGAAAUGCUUGUCGCAGUUUACUUUGGACAGAAAUCAACCUUUGCUCAAAACUAUUGGACAGAGUUCUAACAGUUUGCCAAUCACUCGGACUGCGAAAUGAAGUACAAUUUUGGACGGUUGCAUCAUAUUACAUUUCAACGGAUGAGGAUUGUGUAGCCAACAUAGUACCGCCCUUAGAUUCGUAUUAUGAUACUAUUUGUGACUGUACAACUUAUAGGAAAAUGCAAUUAGAUAAAGUAAUGUUACACGAAUGGAAAAAAGGCGAUUAUUCGCACAUGCGCCGUGUAGCGGACAAAUUUAUGUUGCUCGGUGAGAAAACCAAAGCAUUGGAUUUACUUUUAUCGACAAACGUUAACGAUCCGAAUUAUUAUACUGAUGCAUUAAAAGCAUGUUUAAUUGCAUCAAUAGAUUCAAAUACAAGCAACCAAAGUACUAUAAAAUUAGUUGCAGCAAACUUGAUUUCUGAUAAUAAAAUCGAUGAAGGCAUUCAGCUUUUAUGUAUGAUCGGUAAAGGCUCUCAGGCUUGUCGUUACCUUAUAUCGUAUAAUCAAUGGGAACAAGCCGUAUGGUUAGCAAAAUGUUCUUUACCAAGAGACGAUUGUGAUACAGUGCUCAAAAGCUGGGCCGAUCAUUUACUGACCAAUAGAGAUCAGGAAGGUGCAGUUUUAGUGUUGUUAUCUUUAAAAAGGUUUGACGAUGUCUUAAGGAUUUUGAUAAACAGCGACCGUACUUACAGAGCUGUGUUAUUGAUUUUAGCCUGUCGUCAAUACAAUAUAAGUAUUAAUAGUACAUUAAAAACAGAAGUUAUUGAAAAAUUCAAGCGAGAACUCUAUAUUAAUGGAGCUGAAGGCAAUAUUGUCGACAAUCUUUUUGACAACAAAAUUGCAGAAGAAGAAUAACUUGCUGUGUGAUUGUAUGAUAUUCACUUCUAAUUUAAUGUUUUCAUUUAAUUGUUGUAGAACAUUCCCCAAAUAUUUAUUUUCACAUUGAAGUUUUACUAAAUGUACUUAAUAUAAUUUUUAUCAAAUCCCUUGUGUCUAAGUCAAGUUUCCUUACCCCAAUUUAUUUUGUUAUUUUUUAUUAUAUUGUUUUUAAUAACUUUUACCCAUUUUUGUAUUUAUAUUACUGUGAAACUCCUCUAAGACGGAAUCACACAGCACCGAAAUAAAAUUCCAUCAGGUAGAUUCCAUAGACAGGUUUCACUGUAUAUUAUUUUUUAGUUUUAGUUAAUGAUUCAUUUUUUUAUUAUCAUUAUGAUACAUCUAUAGCAACACCAUUAUUAAUUUUAAAUAUGUAUUGUUGUUUACCUAAAAAAAUGUAUUUUUUAUUUUUUGGGAAGAAAUAUAUUUGAAUGUU